CUAAAAAGAAUGUCAAGUUUUCGCAAAAGAAAUGUACAGAAACAAAUACCCUUCACAAGGACCAGUCCCCAAACCGGCCAGGUAAUAACAUCAAGUGGUAAUCCAUCGUUGGAUGUAAUCCUAGGUGGUGGUUUACCCAUUGGUUCAAUAUGCUUAAUCGAAGAGGACAAAUUUGUCACCUAUUCCAAAGUGCUGGCCAAAUACUUUAUGGCCGAAGGCAUUUUGUCCAAGCAAACCGUAUUCCUUGGCAGCUUAGAUGACAAUCCCAAGGAUGUAAUUGUAAAAUUACCCAAACCCUUGGAUGAGGGUGAAUUGAAAAUUGAAACUCAAAUGGAGGCUGAAGAAAAUCCCGACACAGCCAAGAAUGGCCUUCGCAUUGCAUGGCGUUACAACGAUCUGCCAAUGGUCAAUUCAGAAAAGACACAAACUCAAAUUGGUCACCACUUCAAUUUAAUGGAACACAUGGAUAUGAACAUGCUGAAACAUGCCGACACCGUAACAUGGUCUGAUGAUCCUUUGGAUAAUGAAAUUGUUGUCAAUCAAGAUGAUUAUGACGACGAUGAGGAAGAAGUUGCCAAUCUCUAUGACAAUGAUAGUGAUGCCACAUAUGUUAUGGAUUCAAGCAAAGAAAUGGAACAAGAAAAUGCCAAUAAUGCUUCCAAUUCACUGAAUCCUUCAAAUACAUCAGCAUCAACAAAUCCGGCGGGGGAUGAUAAAAAUGCAACUGGUUCAACGGAGACAUCAUCAUCGUUGCCUACACCUCCACCACCAAUUUGUAAAGCACCAACAAAAACACAAUUGUUUGAAAAUUCCAAAUAUUUACGUUUACUCAAAGAGAUUCAACAGCUGUUGCGCGAUGACAAAUUCCAUUCCGGUGGUUUCCUUAUAAAGAAAAGUCUAUGUCGCGUGUGCAUCACAUCUUUGGGUUCUCCCAUGUGGUAUGAUGAUAAGUACGGAGAUGAUUUGUUGAAAUUUUUAACGAUUUUGAGAGCGGCAGUACGUUCAUCGGUAUCGGUUUGUUUUAUAACAAUGCCAAUGCAUUUGGUUGCAAAAUAUGAUGAAUCCUUGGUUUCAAAAAUACGUAAUUUGGUUGAUUUCGCCAUUGAAUUGGAAUCGUUUGCCGGUUCGGACAAGGAAACAAAUCCCGCCUUUAAGGAAUACCAUGGACUGAUUCAUUUACGUAGAAUAACCGCCAUUAACACAUUAAGUGCCUAUAUGCCUGAGACAACUGAUUUGGCGUUUAAAUUGAGACGCAAAAAGUUUGUCAUUGAAAAAUUGCAUUUGCCUCCUGAAUUACAAGAAGACAACAAAGAUGCGGAUACAAAAUCACCCACAUUAAGCUGUGGCAGUAACAUCAGUCCAAAUGUUAAAAAUUCAUUGGAUUUUUAAACAAGAGUGCAUUAACAAUAUAAUAACAACAACAAGAACAAAAGUACAAGCAACACGUUAACCAAUACAACGGCCUAAAAGAAAAAA